AUGGCAGAGCAGCUUGCUGAGCGCUCGCACACGUCGAAAUGCACGAGUGCAUUUGCCUUGACAGAGGAACUUCGGGCUAUCGCCCGAGACUUGCGAGAUGCGAGCAAUUUGCCGAACGAAGAAAAGCAGGCCGCAUUGCACAAAUCGGCCAAACAGUUGGACGACGCUGCCGAUGCGGUCGGCAAUAUGGUGAAGCAAUUGGAGCUUCGGUCAGGUGGUUCUUUGCCGACGCAUUUCGUCGGCGUACGGAUGCCUGUUCACGUGCGGCGCCGACUGGGCCACUUGCAGUCGGAAAUGCUCAAGCGAGAUGCACGCUUGCAGAAAGCCGCCGUUUCCAUGGAGAAAUCGCACGUUACGCUGUUGGUGGCAAGGCUGGCGUUUGACGAUAUCAGCAAAGCGGCCGAGGCGCUGCAGCACGGGGCGGAGGCUUGGCGAAGCGAAAGACAUGGCGCCGUGCAGGUUCGAGCCGAAGGGCUGGGUCAUUUUCCGCAGAACGGCGUACUGUACACUCGCUUGCUGCCACGGGAUGUAUUCGAUUCGCUGCGGAAGCAUUUGAUGCAAGCGUUUGCUGAACGCGGCUUGACGCUGGUGGACGAGAUGCCGGACGAAGCAGUUGCGAACGCGGAUGCAUCGGCAAAGUCAGGUGAUGCACCACCAGCUGCAGCUGAAGUGGCAGUGGCCUCGCCGAAAGAGGGGCAGGAGAAGGAGAAGGAAGCCAGGGAAGAAGACUCCGCGGAGUCUGAGCAUGAGGAGUAUUUGCCCCACGUGACCCUCUUCAAGUCAUCGCAGGCAGGGCGAGGAAAGAGUGGGCAGCAGGCCGCCAAGGCUGCAAAGCAAAGCAUCGCCCGGGUGGCGAAGAGUCUGCUCGGAGAGGGCACUGAGAAGAUCGCCUUCGGAUCCUUCUCUCUGGAGGAUUGUGAACUCCUGGCAAUGCAUCAUGUCCAAGGCGAUGGCUACUUUGAGGCACAAGCUUCGGCGAAGUUGCGGGAGAGUUCGGGGGAGGAUGCCGCGAGUCCAGGGGAGGAGGACGAGGAGGAGUUCCACAAAGAGGCGAGGCAAAUCCUGGAGCGGAUUCCUGCGGCAGAAUCGGACCAGAAGUCUCCGAAGAAGCGGAAAGCCAAGAAGAAGCAGACGAAGAAGACAAACCAGAAGGACUUGGACUCAGAAGAGGAGCAGGCAGACGCAGAGUCGGAAGACAGCGAAGGAGACACGUCCGCGGAAGAGGCACCUGCCAAGAAGUCCUCGGCAGCCAAGCGCGGGAAGUUACGCAAAGCAGCGGCAGCGGCAAAAGCAGUCUGCUCAGUCCGAGUUCUUUUGAAGAAGAAGAAAGCUGCCCCAGCACGACCUCCAAGCGAGGACGAGGAGGAAGAGGACGAUGCCGCAGACGGUCUUGGAGGGCAGAGCCAGGAAGAUCAGCGCAUUGAUCCGGAAGACGGUUUGGCAUACACCUGGUCAGAGUUCAGUGAAUAUUACACAGGAAAGUAUAAGAAGAAGGUGAUCGAAGCUUACUGGAACGAUUGUCACCUGGUGCCGAAGAAAGAGGUACCACAACCGAAAGCAGCUCGGAAGAAAGCAAGACGGCGCUGGUUCUCCAGAAGAUGA